UGGCUUCCAGUUCUGAAUGUAUGUAAAAACAAGGUCUCACCUAUGUUACCCAGUCACAAGUCACUCUACCUGGAACUGGAGCAGACAUUCCUGAGAAUCAUCUCAACACUUCCUAUAUCAGAUGCUCAAGAGUUAUUGCAGCAAUGCCUUUGCUUCUCAACCAGAAAUGUUGAAGAUUGCCCCCACUUGAUCACAGCUUUUAAUACCUGGUUUCGCCGGGCAGCCCAACCCCCUCAGCUGGAGAAACUUCAAUAGAAAGUGCUGGUAAGCAACGUAGGGUGGUGUUAGAUAAACACUAAACCUUUCUGUCAAAUGUUUGUGCAUAUUAAGUUAACCUUUUGGAGGAAAACUCUCUUCUGUACAUGAUGCUAUGUUCUUCUUCUACAUAUCAGAAGCAAACCUGAACGCUUUUGAUAUUGUUCCCUUGAACAUUUGAACUCUACUGUGCCUGCUUGCACAAACCUCUAGUUUUUUAAUGAGAAGGUUCUGUUGGCUUGAGGUGAAAGAAUCAAAGUCUUAUUAAUUUCUAGUAAGAAUGCUGAUCCCUAUAAUCAUAGUUUGCCAAAGACGCACACAACUACAACCCAAUUUAAAAGAAUGUAACCUGAUCAAAUUACAUUUAUACUGUCAUUUGAUCUUAUGCACUUGUGAUAAUAUAUGAGAUACACAUCCUCAGCGUUGUAGUAUGGUAGGAAGAUGAAAUCUUGGAAUGUUAGAUGAUGUUUUAUAGCGCAGGGAAUGAAAUGGCAAAACCGCA